CAGUAGGGAGAAGAAGAGUGGCAGGUUUGUGGCAGGUUGUCUGAGGGCGGAUCGGAGGAGCAGCGCUGUGGAGGCUGGAGCUUCAUGUCACUCACACUAACCUGUUGUUAACUUAACACUCAGUAACUACUGUAACUACAGUAACUACUGUAACUACUGUGUGAGGUCGAGUCCGUUGAAACCAGCUGAAGGGAUUUGAGGUGACGUGUUUCCCUGGAUCCACACCGAGCAGAGCAGCGGGCAGCGAAGCGUCUCUGUUGACAGAAGUGAGAUCUGAAGAUGUCAUCCAAGAAAGUGAUCGAGUUGUUCUACGAUGUGGUCUCUCCAUACUCUUGGCUCGGCUUUGAGCUCAUGUGUCGCUACAGAACUGUGUGGAACGUGGAGGUCAAACUGCGUCCUGCUUUCCUGGGCGGCGUCAUGCAGGGAUCAGACAAUAGGCCUCCUGGUAUGGUUCCAAAUAAAAUGGUGUACAUGAACCAUGAUCUGCAGCGCUUGUCAAAGUACUUUGAGGUUCCCCUGAGCCCUCCAUCGGACCCCGUUGAGGCCAUGUUCAAAAAAGGUUCCUUGUCUGCAAUGCGAUUCGUGGCAGCAGUACAAGAGAGGGAAAAGGAUGGAGACAAACAGGUGGAGCAGGUGUCCCGGGAGCUGUGGAGACGAAUCUGGUGUCAGGACAAAGACAUCACUGAACCUGCGUCACUGUCUGAGGCAGCGAAGAAAGCAGGUCUGUCUGAUGAUGAAAUUAAAGCAGCGCUGGAGUUGUACAACACAAAGGAGAUUAAAGACAAGCUGAAAAGCGCAACGCAGGAUGCACUUGACUAUGGGUCGUUCGGCUUCCCCAUGAUGGUGUGUCAUAUUGAUGGAAAACCAGAGAUGUUUUUUGGAUCUGACCGAUUUGAGCUCAUGGCCCACCGCCUCGGAGAGAAGUGGCUGGGACCUGUGCCUCACAAGUCUGCUGCCAAGCUGUGAGAUGGAAACUGUCUUCAAACAUGUGCUCGAAGAUUCUUGAAUUCUAUCUGUCUUUAAUGAUGCCUUUAAACUUCAAAAUUCACAUUUUGUAAGCAGUGCCUUUUUAAACCAAUCAGCAGAUUUCCAAUAACCAAUAAGUAGUGUGAAUGAUGUAACACACCAUUGUGCUGUUUAAUAUGUGACAGUUAAAAAAGGGUGACUUCUCCUGGUGUUCUUCUCGCUGUGACCCUUCAGGGGCUCCGUACGUGAAUGGGUUGUGUGGCUGAACACACACAAGAAACAAAACUCCCCGUAGGUAUGAAUGUUCGUGUGUGUUUGGUUUUCAGGUUGUCUGCCGGCCGGCCCCCUGGUCACUGUUAAUUAUUUUGCCCAGAGGUGACGGAUCCGUCCACAGUCGUCAAAGUCGACCUCCAGGGGAGCACAAACAUAUCGUUUUUGUGGCAAGAUUGCUUUUUUUGAUUGCACAUUUUUGUUGCUAUUCUCCAACACUAUUAACACACAAGGAUUUCUUAUUAUUUUAUAUUAUAUAUUAUAAAUGGUUAACAAUGCAGGGUGAAUAAAAUAUGUGUUGUAAUAUUACAAA